AUGGCAAAGUCCUUGUCAAGUCCUGUGGCAAACAAAUCCAGCAUGACAACAGAGGAAGUGAUCGCCAUGUUCCCAUCACGCAAAGAAGAAAAAGAAAGCAGCAAAUGUUUGGUGUAUGCUUUGGUUGUCUUUGUAGCCAUAUUGUUCAUUUGGCUUGUUUUUGCAUCUAUCGUGUUGCGGGUGGGAGAUCCCCAGAUUCAGUUGAAAUCAGCCAGGUUGAUGCACAAUACUUAUAAUAAUCAUAGUGUUUCAUCAAAUUCUUCCUUUAAGGUGACCUUGCUAGCUCGCGUGUCCCUCACGAACCCAAACUUGUUCUGUCGCUUCUAUUACGGGAACACUAGAGUGAGUGUGCUCUAUGGGGCUUCCAGUGUUGGUGCAUGGGAAUUGGAAGGUGCGAGAUUGGAGGGUAGAGAAACCAAAGAAAUCGAUUUCGUGGUUCACAUGAGUUUCAGUACUAAGCUAGUGGUAGUAAAGAGAAAUCUAACCAAUGAUACUACCCACUCUGACUCUGCAGGCAUGCUGAAACUCAGAAGCUACGCAAAAUUAAGUGGUACAGUGCACGUGCUGAACAUGGUAAAUAAGAAAAAGACCAUAGAAGUGGCUUGUAUUCUGAAUCUCAACUUGACCUCAUAUUCCACACAACAUUUCCAAUGCUAA